GUUUUAUUGCGCCUAUUCCACUAUCGAAUCAAGGAUGCCACUCUCACUGCGCAGGACGCUCACAUGACUUCGAUACGAGUUCAUAAUUGCGACGAUAGCCGGCCGGCUGGCCAGCAUGUCAGAUUGCGCGUUUUCUUCUCCGACAAAGUUUUUGAGUCCCAUACAUUCAUUAUCCUCUCGGCACCACCGUCCCAUUCUUAUAUUUCCUCACCUGGGUUCCUUCUCGCUGCACGAAACGAUGGAGACUGGACGCGGGCAUUGGAUGACUACACCCGACAGCAACAAGAACCUUCACAAGUCAAUUGAGAAGUCUGAGUGCGACUCGG